CAAAGAAUUUGAUUCUUUGGGUUAGGUCUUCGUGUUCUGUUUGUUGUGUUGUGUGUAAGUCGCGUGUUUCUGCGACUAGCAAAGUAGCAAAUAAUCGUAAGAAAAGAAAGCGAAAUGUGCUGUUGUUUUAAUGUGAUUAAUUAUUUAUUUAAAUGAAAGAAAUUCUUAAUUUUUGGAAAUUUUCAAAAUGUUCACUCGAUUUAGUUUUCACUCCUUUUCAUCACUUCUUGCUCGUUCUCGAAAUCUCUUAGGGUUAGGCCGUAUUUCAACCGAUGGAAUUAAAAUUUUGUGCCAGUAUUCUAGUCGAAAAAGAGCAGAUGUGUCUGAUAUUCCAGAAUUGAAUGAACCUCCUUUAAAAAAAUUCUAUGAAGCUUAUUACCAACCAGAUAAAGGUCGGGUUCAUGAUAAGAAGCCAUUUAAAAUCAAAUGUGAGAAAGGGAAACUGUAUUAUUGGUGCAUAUGUGGGUGGAGUCAUGAUCAACCAUUAUGUGAUGGAAGAUGCAAAUUUCCAGAAAUGAAAAUUAAACUGAAGCCAGUUUUAUUUAAACCAAAGCAGACAAGAGAGUAUUGGUUUUGUAACUGCAAACAAACAAAGAACAGACCUUUUUGUGAUGGAUCUCAUAAUUCAGCAUUUGUACAAGCUGCGUCUUCUGUAAUUCGUAGAUAACAAUUCCUGUAAUAGUGAUGGCAAUGCUUAUAUUUUGCAUAGAAAAUUUUCUAAUAAAUUUUAAGUCUAUAUUUCAAUGUAUAAUGUUUAUUUCUUAGUUCAAAUUGUUUAUAUAAUUAAUUAUAAUUAUGUAAAUGAUUAGAAUACAAAUUAAAUAGGUCUGUAAUUCGUAGAUAACAAUUCCUGUAAUAGUGAUGGCAAUGCUUAUAUUUUGUAUAGAAAAUUUUCUAAUAAAUUUUAAGUCUGUA